GUAUAUCUGUAUAUAAGUUAAGCCCUUUUGAAUUGUAUAUGAAAUCAAGUGAUUCAGCGAAUUGUUGACACUUUUGACCACUUCUUCACUCAUUUCAAGACAUCUAUUGACUCAACAUUUAAGUCAAAAACCAAUCGAUUGUCGAAAUCAAUGGACAACAAGAAUACGGGUGGAGUGAAAGUGGCCGUCAGUACUGUCAAAGAGGUGGCUGUGGGACAAGUGGCCGAAUUGGCCGUCACUAAAGUGGUUGUCCACCCAUUGGUGUUGUUAUCAGUUGUGGAUCACUUCAACAGAAUGGGUAAAAUCGGUAAUCAGAAGCGUGUCGUCGGAAUACUUUUGGGAUCACUUAAAUCCAAAGGUGUUCUCGACAUAUCCAACAGUUUUGCCGUUCCCUUUGAUGAAGACGAAAGAGAUCGAAGUGUUUGGUUCUUAGAUCACGACUAUCUCGAGAAUAUGUACGCAAUGUUUAAGAAAGUGAAUGCAAAGGAGCGUAUCGUUGGGUGGUAUCACACGGGACCCAAAUUACAACAAAAUGAUAUCGCAGUUAAUGAACUGAUCCGCAAAUAUUGUCAAAACUCAGUUCUGGUUAUAAUUGACGCGAAACCCAAAGAUUUGGGAAUACCGACGGAAGCUUACAUUGCUGUCGAAGAAGUUCACGACGACGGGUCGCCAACUUCUAAGACUUUUGAACACGUUGUCAGUGAAAUUGGCGCUGAAGAGGCCGAGGAAGUAGGAGUCGAACAUCUUUUAAGAGAUAUUAAAGACACCACUUUAGGCACUUUGUCUCAGAGAGUGACUAAUCAGUUAAUGGGUCUAAAAGGCCUAAAGUCACAGAUUGACGCCAUUCGCAAGUACUUAGAUCUUGUGGUGACAAACAAACUACCAAUCAAUCAUCCGAUCAUUUACUUACUUCAAGAUAUCUUUAAUCUCUUACCCAACACAUCCAGUGAACUGUUUGUUAAAUCAACAUUUGUUAAAACCAACGAUCAGAUGCUUGUCGUCUAUUUAGCCGCUUUGGUUCGUUCGGUGAUUGCAUUGCAUAAUCUGAUCAACAAUAAGAUUACAAACAGAGACGCAGAGAAAAAAGAGAAUCAACCGAAAGACUCGAAAAAAGAGGGAAAGGAUUCAACUAAUGAUAAGGAAAACAAAGACAAUAAAGAAAACGACAAAAAGGAUUCCGAAUCCGAUUCUAAAAGCAAGAAGACUAACAAAAACUAAUGAUUUGAUUUGAUUUGUAUUAAUAUUAAUAAAAUUUUAUAACUAUUAAGUAUUUG